UCUACCACCUCCUCCCCCUCCUCCUCCUCCUCCUCAUCCUCGUCCUCCUCCUGCUCCACCUUUUCCACUGCCACCACCACCCCCACCUAUUCCUCCUCCAUUACCUCGAUGAGGAGAAAUCGGUGCCAGUGAGUCUCGGAUAAUGUCAGACGACGGAUCGGAAAAUCAUCGUUGAGGAGAGUAACAGUGAACGAUAGAGAAAAGAGGGAAACCAAAAAAAAAAAUAAACAUUCCGUGAUCUUACGUGAAAGGUGCGCGUCUAACUCUUUAACUAUUCGAGUGACACUUCGACUUUCUCUCCUGCGUUGUAAUUUGAUGGUAGUAGUCGUUAACCGUGCGUGUCGUGCAAUAAAACUUUAGUCGAAUCGAUCGAUCGAAUACUUGACGAUUAUUUUAAGACUUUUCUACGUGGAUAGGAACAUUCGAUCGAAUUAAUCUACACAUACUCGAUUUAAGAAGAAGAAGAAGAAGAAAAAAUAAACAUUUAAGGGACCUAAAUAAUUUUAUUUAAAAAAAAAAGAAAAUAAAAGAGAGAAAAUACCUUAAGUACAGUUUUGCGAAAAGGGUCGAAAGGAGAGAGUUACAAGAUAGACUGUUGGUUGCUUGCUCUGGGUGAUCUAAGAAUACCCGACUGCGGGUGGAUCGUUGAACCAGCUUUUCUCCUCUCUUUCCUCUCUCCACGUGUUGCGAGAGCCUCUGACUGAGAGAGAACUCUCUAACGAAAGAAAUAAAUCACAAAAACUUUCUCUUUCUCUCUCUCUCACUCACUCACUCACAGAAACCCGCUCACUCUUUCACUCUUGGUCUUUCUCUUCAUCUUUUCUUGAAAUCUUUUACGCGGGAUCUCCCACAGUUCAUUCGAAAAGAUGUCCGGAGACACGACGUCGGACGAAGAGGGCUCACAAGAGGACUCACCCCGAUACGACAUCGAUGACAUGGAAAUCGUCAAAACAAUCGGUACCGGAACAUUUGGUAGAGUUGUAUUAUGCAGACAUCGUGGAAAACCUCUCGCAUUGAAGAUACUCUCAAUGGCCGACGUGAUCAGACUGAAACAAGUCGAGCAUGUUCGAAAUGAGAUCACGGUACUGAAAGAGGUCAAUCACCCCUUCAUCGUCAACAUGCUUUGGAGUGGCAGAGACGAGGCAAGACUUUACAUGCUAUUCGAAUUUGUAGCCGGUGGUGAAUUAUUUUCUUAUUUAAGAGCAGCCGGAAGAUUUUCGGGACCGACCAGUUGCUUUUACGCGGCUGAAAUUGUUUGCGCAUUGGAAUACCUUCACAGCAAACACAUCAUUUACAGAGACUUAAAACCUGAAAAUCUUCUCCUCGAUAGCCAAGGACAUCUUAAAAUUACCGACUUUGGUUUCUCGAAAAAACUAACCGACAGAACGUGGACUCUUUGCGGUACGCCGGAAUAUUUGGCACCGGAAAUCAUUCAGAAUAAAGGACACAACAAAGCAGUAGAUUGGUGGGCUUUGGGUGUCCUAAUUUACGAAAUGUUGGCUGGCUUCCCACCGUUCUUCGAUGAUAAUCCUUUUGGAAUAUAUGAGAAAAUAUUAAGCGGUAGAAUAGAGUGGCCUAAACACAUGGAUCCUAUCGCGAAAGAUCUCAUCAAGAAAUUACUCAUAGCAGACAGAACUAAAAGAUUAGGAAAUAUGAGACAAGGUGCUGAAGAUGUUAAGAGGCAUCGUUGGUUCAAGUUGGUCGAGUGGCCCUUGGUACCUCAGAGAGCUUUGACACCACCGAUCAGGCCAAGAGUUAAAGCACCUGGUGAUCCAAGUUGUUUUGAUGAUUAUCCUGAAACCGAUUGGCGUUCACAACCAGCAUUACCAGCUGACCAAUUAGCACUCUUUCAAGACUUUUAGCAACAAUCUAUGAAGACUCAUCUUCAUAUCUCAUACUGAUCGCGGUGAUACGUUUCUAUUGUUUUUACAAGUUCAAUUCAUAAGUUGUUAGAAUAUAUUUAUAUAUAUAUAUAUUAUAUAUGUAUAU